CUGAGCAAGUUUCGUGCUAUUUGACCAACCAUCCCAAUUUUUUGGAACAAUACAUCAUGGAUAACGUUGAGAUGGAACAAAUAGAACGUUGGAUUAUAAGAAAAUCGAAAAAGGGAAGGAGACCUAGUGAUUUUGAAAAAGCUGUAAGAAAGACUAGUUUGUCUAGAUGGAAGUUUUGCGUACACGCUGAUAAGCGAAAAAUGCUCCAAAGCCUAACUCGCAAACUCCAGAUUAAACCUUCAAAGGAUUAUGUUCUAUGGGAAUUGGCUAACUGCAUUAGUUCGGCUGUUAAUGCUGAUGGUUUCAGAUUGUUCAUAGUAGACAAAGGAGAUCCCAACGUAUUACUUCUAUACCCGGGCGAGGAACAUACACAGAGCAGCAGUGCACCCCAUCUUCAGAGAAUGAAAAAAGAUAUCAGCAUAGCAUUAUAUGUAGCUCGAACUCAACAACCUGUUCGUCUUUCUCGGGGUAAACCUGACUCUCGCUUCAGUAGUGAAAUCAUGAACGAGCUACCCGCUAGGUGGCAUUAG